AUGUCUGUUUUCACUUCAGAGAUCAAAGAAGAAAUUACGCCAAGAACUGAAGUCAGAGAUGAGUCGAAUGUCAUUAUCAUAGAGCCGUUUCGCUUUAUCAAGCCAUAUGAUUUUACUUUUUCAGCAGGAUCAAAAGAACGCUGGGUUGGUCAACCGCUUAUUGAUGUUUUUACCAAUGAAUUUAGAGUGGCAUCACGAGAAGAAUAUGAAGAGAAAAUAAGAAAUGGUAAAAUCAUAGUAAAUGGAAGGAAAAUACCAGUAGAUUAUAGAAUCGGUCCUUUAGAUUCAAUCAAACAUAUAUGCACUCGAAUUGAAGCACCAGUAUUCAAUAAACCACUUCUUAAACUUGGCGAAACAGAUAAUUACGUGGCUUAUCUCAAGCCAGCCUCAGUUACUGUAAAUACUGUUGGAGGAUACUUUUACAACUCAAUGGUUAAACGUCUACCUCCGCAUUUACAUGUUGUUCAUCGUUUAGACCGCGUUACAUCAGGAAUUAUCGUUUUCGCCAAAAAUAAGGCAGCAGCAACAAACUUUAAUCAAUAUUUAGUUGGAGAGAAGGUUAGUAAAACCUAUAUUGCUCGUGUAAUCGGACGAUUCCCUAAAGGCGAGAUUAUAUGCGAUCAACCAUUAGGAACAGACUUCAAUUUACAUCGUACAGUUGUUACUCCGACUGGAAAGCCGAGUAAGACCAUUUUUAAGCUACUCAAAACUAAUGGAAAAGAAAGUAUUGUAGAAGCUCAUCCAAUUACAGGUAGAACCCAUCAGAUUCGUUGCCAUCUUCAAUACUUAGGAUAUCCGAUUACUAAUGAUGAGAUGUAUGGAGGAAAAAGAGAAGUUUAUACUAAAGAAAUGAAAGAUGCUCUCAAAAAGGCAGAAAAACUCGGACUUUGGCCAUGUGAUUAUUGCCAAGAUAAAACGAACCCUCGCGUUGAAUUCCAAGUUUAUCUUCAUUCUUGUCAUUACCAAACUCCUGAAUUUGAUUUCCACGCGCCAAUGCCUGACUGGGAAGAUCUUGAUAAAUUUGGUCUAAAAGAGUCUGAGUCAUCUUUUUGUCGAAUAUAG